UGUCCCGGAGAAAAGCCGAGGCCGCCAUGUUGGUUCCGUCACCACGUGAAGACUCCUGAUCCAAAAGACAGUGAAGUUUGAGGGGGUAAUUUACCAGAACACAGUCCGGAACAGGAUUAUCAUUUUAUUUAACCUCCUCUCAGCCCAGCUCUGAUUUAUUAAUGUUGAUAGCACAGUGAGAGCAGUGACAGCAAUGCCCUCAGUAACACUGCCGCCCAAAGAGAACGCUCUCUUUAAGAGAAUAUUGAGAUGCUACGAGCACAAGCAAUACAGAAACGGACUCAAGUUCUGCAAGCAGAUCCUGUCCAACCCCAAAUUUGCCGAGCAUGGCGAGACGCUGGCGAUGAAAGGACUGACCCUGAACUGUCUGGGAAGGAAAGAAGAGGCGUACGAGCUGGUCAGACGAGGCCUCCGCAACGACCUGAAGAGUCACGUCUGCUGGCAUGUGUACGGUUUGCUGCAGCGCUCUGAUAAGAAAUAUGACGAAGCUAUUAAGUGUUACAGAAACGCUCUGAAAUGGGACAAAGAUAACCUGCAAAUCCUCCGAGACCUCUCGCUGCUGCAGAUCCAGAUGAGGGACCUUGAGGGAUACAGGGAGACCAGGUAUCAUUUGCUGCAGUUGCGGCCGGCUCAGAGAGCAUCGUGGAUCGGUUACGCCAUCGCCUAUCACCUGCUGCAGGACUACGAGAUGGCCGCCAAAAUCGUGGAGGAGUUUCGGAAAACCCAGCAGACGUCUCCAGAUAAAGUAGACUAUGAAUACAGCGAGCUGCUCCUGUAUCAGAAUCAAGUGCUGCGAGAGGCGGGACUUUUCAAAGAGGCUCUCGAGCACCUGAUCAGCUACGAGAAACAGAUCUGCGACAAACUGGCUGUCGAGGAAACUAAAGGAGAGUUGUUGCUGAAGUUGGAUCGCGCCAGUGAAGCCACGGAGGUUUAUCGUCAUCUGCAGGAGAGGAACCCUGAGAACUGGAGCUACUACCAGGGACUGGAGAGAGCACUGAAGCCAGGGAGUGUGGAGGAGAGGCAGCGGAUCUACGAGGACGUCUGGGUGAAGUUCCCGAAAGGUUUAGUGCCCAGGAGGCUGCCACUCAGCUUCCUGACAGGAGAGAAGUUCAGGGAGUGUCUGGAUCAGUACCUGAGGGUGAACUUCAGUAAAGGAUGUCCUCCGCUUUUCACUACACUGAAAUCUCUCUAUCAUGACAAGGAGAAGGUGUCGCUCAUCGAGCAGAUGGUGUUGAGCUAUGAGGCGAGUUUGAGAAGCUGCAGAAUGUUCAGCCAAAAUGAUGAUGGAAAAACAGAGCCUCCUACCACCCUGCUGUGGGUUCAGUAUUUCCUCGCCCAGCACUUCGAUCAUGUUGGACAACACGCUGUCGCCCUGGAAUACAUCAACGCGGCCAUCGAGAGCACCCCGACGCUCAUAGAGCUUUUCCUCAUCAAGGCCAAGAUCUACAAGCAUGCAGGAAAUAUUCAGGAAGCCGCACGCUGGAUGGAUGAGGCUCAGGCACUCGACACGGCAGAUCGCUUCAUCAACUCCAAAUGCGCCAAAUACCUGCUGAAGGCGGGACUGAUCAAAGAGGCCGAGGAGAUGUGCUCCAAGUUUACCCGGGAAGGCACGUUGGCGGUGGAGAACCUGAACGAGAUGCAGUGUAUGUGGUUCCAGACUGAAUGUGCUCUUGCGUACAAGGCCAUGAACAAAUACGGAGAAGCGCUCAAGAAGUGCCAUGAAAUCGAGCGACACUUCGUCGAAAUCACCGACGACCAGUUCGACUUCCACACGUACUGCAUGAGGAAGAUGACGCUGCGCUCGUACGUGGCUCUGCUCAAGCUGGAGGACGUUCUGCGCAUGCACCCGUUCUACUUUAAAGCCGCACAAACCGCAAUCCAGAUCUACCUCAACCUGCACGACAAUCCGCUGUGUGACGACAGCAAGGAGUCCCAGACAGACAACAUCAACUUGACGGAUAAGGAGAUGAAGAAACUGCGGAACAAGCAGAGACGAGCGCAGAAGAAAGCUCAGCUGGAGGAGGAGAAGAAGAACGCGGAGAAGGAGAAACAACUGAAAAACCAGAAGAAGAAAAAGGAGGAGGAUGAGGAGGAGAUCGGAGGACCGAAAGAGGAACUCAUUCCUGAGAAACUGGCAAAGAUCGAGAAUCCCCUGGAAGAAGCGGUGAAGUUCCUGAUUCCUCUGAAGAACCUGGUAACGAACAGAAUCGAGACGCACCUCCUGGCCUUCGAGAUCUACUUCCGUAAAGAAAAAUAUCUGUUGAUGCUGCAGUCAGUGAAGAGAGCGUACGCUUUAGACCCAGACCACCCCUGGCUUCACCAGUGCCUUAUCAGAUUCUUCAAAGGAGUGUCUGACAGUAAGAAUCUGCCUCAGCCUGUACACACCGUUCUCAAGCAGGAGAUCACACGCCUGUUUGGAGAGAGUGACCCCAAAACCUACAACAGAAACUUCCUGAGCAAGCACUCCAACUCCAUACCUCACAGAUUAGCAGGUGCGAAGAUGAUGGUGCAUCUGGAUCCUUCCUCUGAGAGCACAGCCGCUGAGUUGGCUACGUCGCUGGACAAGUCUCUCACCAGCAGAACCAUAAAGACGUGCUCGGAAGUCUUACAGGCCUUAAAGGACGGCAGCUUGGGUUCAGAACAGCAGAAAGUUCUGGAGUCAUACCGCGCCUCCUGCCAUGGCCUCUACCCUUACUGCCUGGCCUUCAUGCCACCAGGUUACCAGGACAACGCCGCCGUCACCACCAACGGAGACCUGUCAUCCGGCGACCACGAAGACGUCACCAACGAGAUAUGAGACGUUUAGAAAAAGUGUGUGUGGGUUUGGGUUGGAUUUCAAUUUGCCCGAGAUGUGACUCUACUGUAGAAACCGGACCGGGAC